AUGUAUCUCAACUUCCCACCGUCGAACGCUCGAGAGGAGAAAAUCGCUGCAGCGGUCCUGGCUGUUCGCGCUUCAACCGAUGACAGCGACUAUUGUUACGGACUUAGCUGUGGAAACGAAUGGGUAUGGGCCAGAUGGGUCCUUUUGGUAUUCUUUUUGGUUGCAAUAGCGUCGCUCGCUUUGACUGCUAUUAAAAUCAACGGGAGACGGGUCAGGCUCGGUCAACGACCCAUCAUUGGCACAGCGUGGUUUACACCUCCUUCAUAUCGGCAAUCCGAGAGGCAGUACCGGAGUGGAACGCAAGACUACGUGCCUCCAUACACAGAAACUGCGAACGAAAACGAUCUGGGCUACUACGAUAAUCAGGGCGCCUUCCAUCUCAGCUCCAAAGCAGAAAACACGAGUCCUCCGCCACCUUUGGACACGGAUGAGGUCUUUGAAUACCCGCAGGAGCCACCUUCGGCUGUUACUAGAGACGAUGUAAGUGCAGAUCGCUUUUCUGUGGACUUUACUCGGGACUUUCAUCACUACUACCGAGGCACCGCAGCAGAACAAUCGACGAGUGGAAUUGGCCCCGAAAACAAUAAUGAUCAGGCGCCAAGGCCCUCCGUAAAUCCAUCUGCGGAUGUCGCAUCCUCUCCCAUUGAAAUGCAGCAGAUUCCUAAAAAGCCCGAAGAGGUCCGGGUGCAUCGCGUUUGA